AUGGCGGACUCACAUGAUGAUUUUCUAAAGAAAAUUGUGGCUCGUUUUCCGUCCGGAAUUUCCCUUGCUUUCGCUUAUGGCUCCGGAAUAUUUUCCCAGAAAGGAAAUGUGUCUUCAAAGAACAUGUUGGACUUUGUUUUUGUCCUCGAAGACGCUGAUCAAUGGCAUAAAACUAAUCUGAAUCUCCAUUCACACCACUACUCUUUCGUCAGACGUUUUGGCUCCAAUGCUGUGGUUUCAUUGCAAGAUAGAUUCGGUGCACGAAUGUAUUACAAUACUCUGGUGCCAAUGGAGGGAAGAGUUAUUAAAUAUGGGACUAUCAGUCGCGAGAAUUUNUGGCUCCGGAAUAUUUUCCCAGAAAGGAAAUGUGUCUUCAAAGAACAUGUUGGACUUUGUUUUUGUCCUCGAAGACGCUGAUCAAUGGCAUAAAACUAAUCUGAAUCUCCAUUCACACCACUACUCUUUCGUCAGACGUUUUGGCUCCAAUGCUGUGGUUUCAUUGCAAGAUAGAUUCGGUGCACGAAUGUAUUACAAUACUCUGGUGCCAAUGGAGGGAAGAGUUAUUAAAUAUGGGACUAUCAGUCGCGAGAAUUUCCGUCUUGAUCUUAACGAAUGGCAGUGGUUAUAUCUCUCUGGGCGACUUCACAAACCAGUCAAAAUCCUACAUCGAGGAGAUGGUGCAGAUAUUUUGUCAGCUUUGAAGGGGAAUUUAUACAGCGCUGUCAACGUGGCGCUGCUAAGCCUUCCAGAGUUCUUUACAGAAGAAGAGCUUUUCUUAAGCAUCGCAGGUUUGUCAUUUGCAGGAGAUUUCAGAAUGAUUGUGGGAGAAAACAAAAAUAAAGUACAGAACAUUGUUGGUCCAAAUAUUGAACCUUUUAGAAAUCUUUACAACCCAAUUCUUUUGAAAUCAAAUGAAAUUCAUUUUGACCCUUCAUCUCGUAAAUAUCACCAGAAUCAAGAAAUAAACGUGAUAUUUUCUCGGUUGAAGUCUUUACCCCGAAAUUUACUACAGUAUGUAGUCUCCAGUGUCAUUAGCAAAGAAAUCAAGGCGUCUUUAAUUGAAGAAGCAUUAUAUGAUACUUCUAAAGAUAUAGUCAAUUGUUCACAGGUAGUUAGAAAAGGGAUCACUUCUAUUGUUAGGAAAUCUAGUAUCUCACAGAGCGUCAAAGGAGUUAUUACUGCAGGAGGCCACAAAACCUUGAUUUACAGUGCUCAAAAGAUAAAUAAGAUGCUAAGAGGGAUUUUCAGGGGAUAG